CAACCACCUCGUAAUAAUAGACCACCACCUGCAUCCGUCCAACCACCUCGUAUCAAUAGACCACCACCACCCCCUUCGACAUAUCUGCCACCACCUCCAUCUGCCCAACCACCUCGUAACAAUAGACCCCCACCACCCCUUUCGAUAUCUCCACCACCACCUCCAUCCACCCAACCACCUCGCAAUAAUAGACCACCACCACCCCCUUCGACAUCUCCACCACCACCUCCUCGUAAGAAUAGACCACCGCCACCCCCUUCGAUAUCUCUGCCACCACCUUCAUCCGCCCAACCACCUCGUAAUAAUAGACCAUCACCACCCUCUUCGACAUCUCCCCUACCAACUCCAUCCUCCCAACCACCCCGUAACAAUAGAUCGCCACCACCACCUCCAUCCGACCAACCACCUCGUAAUAAUAGACCACUACCACCCCUUUCGACAUCUCCACCACCACCUCCAUCCUCCCAAACACCUCGUAACAAUAGACCACCACCACCCCCUUCGACAUCUCCACCAUUACCUCCAUCUAUCCAACCACCUCGUAACAUUAGACCACCACCACCCCCUUCGCCAUCUCCACCACCACCUUCAUCUACCCAACCACCUCGUAAUAAAAGACCACCACCACCCCCUUCACUAUCUCCACCACCUCCGCAUCAUAAUACGUCUCCUCCACCCCCGCUAAGGCCCCCACCUCCAUCAUACCGCUACAAGUCUCUACCUCCACCACCUCCGGUAAAGUCCCCACCUCCUCCAUCUAGAUUUUAUCUUCCUCCAUUGCCACAUAUAUCACCAAUUCCACGUCUAAUGCCAUUCAUUCCACGUCUACCACCAUUAAUUCCACGGGUUCUAUUACCUCCCCCCCCCCCCCCCCCGCAAUAUGGGCAGGCGUGGCAUGAAACCCCCCCCCCCCCCCCCCCC